AUGGCUGUGGCUAUGGCUUCUAUUGGGAGUAAUUUUGGGCUCUGUAGCAGUUUGAAGGGUAUUGAGAAGCAGUCCUAUUCAAAGGCUGCUCCUUUCAUAUGCUCUUUUGGCUUUGAAUCAGUUCAGCUAUCUUGCAUUGCCUCCAGAAAAAGCUUAUCAUCGGCCACGAGUCGAUUCAUACCGAAAGCAUCACCGGCUACUGCGGUGGAGGAUGGGAGUUCUCAGGAGACUGAUGUGGUCCCCACACCUAAAGUUAUAAUCGAUCAGGAUUCAGAUCCAAAUGCCACCAUUGUUGGGAUCACCUUCGGGGAUCGUCUUGGGGCUCUUGUAGACACAAUGAAUGCUUUAAAAAAUCUCGGGCUGAACGUCGUUAAGGCAAAUGUGUAUCUCGAUUCUUCUGGCAAACACAACAAGUUUGCUAUAACUAAAGCUUCAACAGGAAGGAAAGUUGAUGAACCAGAGUUGCUCGAGGCCAUUCGUUUGACAAUUAUCAACAACAUGCUUGAGUAUCAUCCGGAGUCAAGUGCUCAGUUAGCAAUGGGGGCAGCAUUUGGUGUGACACCACCAAGUGAAAAGGUUGAUGUGGAUAUAGCAACACAUAUUCGUGUUUAUGAUGAUGGUCCAGAGCAAAGCUUGCUCUCAGUGGAGACAGCCGAUCGUCCAGGUUUACUGGUGGAUCUCGUGAAGAUCAUAACCGACAUAAAUAUUACUGUUAAAUCUGGCGAGUUUGAUACCGAGGGCUUGCUGGCUAAGGCGAAAUUCCAUGUAAGCUACAGAGGUAAAGCCAUCAUCAAACCUCUUCAACAGGUUCUUGCAAAUAGUUUGCGAUACUACUUGAGGAGACCGACUACAGAGGAAGCAAGUUUCUAG